GCCACUUAUGGAAAGGAACCCUCCCAUUAGACUGGUACCGCCCCUGUAGCUUUUCUGACGAAGCACAAGGAGGCGGAGAAGAAGAAGAAGAAGAGGAAGAAGAAGAAGAAGGAAGAAGAAAGCGGUAAAAAGGCCGAGAAAGAAAAUUUUAAGGAAAAAGAAAAAAUGGGUUGGUUGGGUGAGACUGUCGACUCUAUCAAAUCUCUUCAGAUCCGCCAGGUCCUCACCCAGGGCGUCAGUCUAGGAAUGAUAGUUACCUCUGCACUUAUAAUAUGGAAGGCAUUGAUGUGCAUAACUGGCAGUGAAUCACCUGUUGUAGUUGUUUUGUCUGGAAGCAUGGAACCAGGAUUCAAGAGGGGGGACAUUUUGUUCUUGCACAUGAGUAAUGAUCCUAUUCGUGCAGGGGAGAUUGUUGUUUUUAAUGUAGAUGGUCGUGAAAUUCCAAUUGUUCAUCGUGUUAUUAAGGUUCAUGAACGACAAGAUACUGGAGAAGUUGAUGUCCUCACAAAAGGAGAUAACAAUUACGGGGAUGACAGGCUUUUGUAUGCUCAUGGUCAGCUUUGGCUUCAACGGCACCAUAUCAUGGGCAGAGCUGUAGGGUUUUUACCUUAUGUUGGCUGGGUAACGAUUAUAAUGACUGAGAAGCCUAUUAUCAAGUAUAUUCUAAUAGGUGCAUUGGGGUUGCUUGUCAUAACUUCAAAGGACUGAAGGAAGCAAUUUCUAGGAGUCAUCAAAUCUCUAAAAAUAUUUGCAGCAUGGCCACCUCUCCUUGAAUUUGUUAUUUUCUCUCGUCCUCUGUACACCAUACAGGCCCUUAUAUGAUAAAUUAUAUCAGAAUUGUAGGUUGAUGUUUUAUCCUUUUUGUUCAAGCUCUUCACUUUCCUGCGGAACACUUUUUUGGUUGAAAGCUUUUGUGCCUCUGAACAGGUCAAUGUUUUAGCAAAAUACAAAUUAACUUCUAGGUUUCUUUAUUUUA